AUGGCAGCGGCAGCGAAGCGGCCCUGCCACAUCCCGCCGCUCGAGCUCGUCAGGGAGCAGAUCCUCCCCCGCUUCCCGCCCCGCGAACCAGCGUGCCUCGUCCGCGCCUCCCUCGUCUGCAAGACCUGGGCCGCCGCCAUCUCCGACCCCGCCUUCCGCACCCGCCUCCACCAGCUCCACGGCACGCCCCCCGUGCUCGGCUUCCUCCACAACUGGGACGACGGCGACGGCGUUCCCCGCUUCAUCCGCACCACCGACUCGCCCUUCGCCCUCGCCGCCGUCCCGGACUGCCGCUUCUGGCGGGCCCUCGACUUCCGCCACGGCCGCGCCCUCUUCCUCUCCAAGGCCCCGGCUCCUUGGGAGCUCCGAAUCUGGGAACCAAUCACCGGUUCCAGCCAGCUCCUACGGGUGCCCGAGGCGUUCGAGACCGACCAGGGGACCCAGAAGAUGGCCCCGACCGCCGCCGUGCUCUGCGCAGUGGAUGGGUGCGACCACCGCGACUGCCGCGGGGGCCCCUUCCGCCUGGUCUUCGUCUUCUCCGUCGCCGCCGACGACGGGUAUGCCACGUCAGCGUACGUGUACUCGUCGGAGACCGGCACCUGGGGCCAGCCGGCUUCGAGGCAGCGCAUGUUCUCCAUGGAUUUCACACGCUAUUCCAGUGUGCUCGUUGGGAGCUCUAAGCUCUACUUCAUGUCUGACGAUGUGUUGAUCCUGGGGUAUGACUUGGCAAGGCACAACCUGACCCUGCUUCGCCCACCAGACUUCCUGUCGACGGACGUGGGGAUAUUCAACAUCAUGCCCGCGGAGGCCGGUGGAGUGGGACUGGGAGUUUGCCAAUAUCUGCAUCCCAACCUCAAACUGUGGACGAGGAACACGAGUCAAGGCACUGAUGCAAAGUGGGUGCUGAGUCGGGUCAUCAACCUGGGCAGAUCGCUCCCAACUGGAAAUAUCCUGGAUAAAGAUGGUAAAGUGCAACUGAUGAGCUUUGCUGAGGGAGCAAAUGCCGUCUUCUUUAACACGGUCACUGGCAUCUUCAUAGCCGGGCUGCAGUCACAGAAGGUGAGGAAGGUGUGCGUUAAGCGCGGCUUCUGUAAUUUGAUUCCAGUUGUCGGCUUCUACAUUCCUGUGCACGGAGGCAACCACCAGGAUCCGUCGUCGUCGGGCCCUAGUGAGGAGUCGGGUAGCGAAGAGGAGGAGAAAACAGUGGAUCAGGCGCAGCAGCUGCUCGACAAGGGGUCCAAUGCUAUUAAGGAGGGAGGCUUGGUCAACACCUCCGAAUGUGUCAGCCACGACACUCAGAUCAGGGUUCCUGGUAAUGGAGAAGUUGCUCUAGAGUCUGCUAACAUGGAAUACAAACAUGGAGAUGUCUUGCCAUCUGAUGCUCAAGAGGUGACCGAUCCUUUCGGUGAUGUUCCCAACAGUGCACUAAAUGAAGAAUUGGUGAAGAGUACAUCUACAACCAGCACCUCUAGCAGCAAUAUUGAGGAUGAUGCUCCACCUUCAGAGAAAGGUGAUUCUGAAGAAGUGCCGCUUUGCUAAGCUGAUGGUCAGGGGGAUGUUUCAUCAGUCAUCGGCGCCUUCAGUAGGAUCUCUUUCUUCUCUACAGUUGCAAGACAUAAGUGUUAGCUCCCCCUUUUCAUGGUAUGUAGUUUAGGGUCCAUUUUGAACUCUGAUGCAAGGCACCAAAAGUUGAGGCUUCGACGCGUCAAAGAAGUGAAUGCUGGUCAAGAUUUUGUCUCAAGAUAACAAUGUCACAACUGGAAUGCUAUGAUGCAAACCUGCUUAGUACUGAUA